GAAGGGCGGCGGCCGUGCCUGCGCAGCGGUGGGGCGGCGGCGGUGGGUAAGAGGGAGGCGGCCCUCCUCCUGCGGCGGCGAUGCCGUGAUCCAUGGUGCAGCUGCCCCAGGCCCCGGUCAGCCACAGCAAGGGGUCAUCCUCCUCCUCGGUGUACCGGCGCUCUGUCGUCAACUCCUCGCUGCCCAACGUCGCCAGCGCUGCCGGAGGCUGCGAGUCCUGGGAGGACGCGCAGCACAUCCUAUGGCAGGGUGCCCAGAUCUGCUUCGCGGCGGCGUUCCUGGUUCCGCACCGGUUCUCGCUGUCGUCGCUGGUGCUGCGCUGGCUGCUGACGCUCAGCUUCACUCUGACCAGCAUCUGGGCCGGCCUGGUGGUGUGCGCGCCCGACGUUCUCGCCUGGCAUCUGACCUGCCUGCUGGUGAACGCGGCGCACGCGCUGCGCCUGGCCUGGCGAGCGCUGCCGCCCCGCAUGCCGGCGCACCUGAGAACCCUCUACGAGCGAAUGUUCCUGCCCUACCAGGUGAGCACAAAUCGGUUCGUGGAGCUGACACGUGCUGCCGAAGUGGUGCACCUGGCCGCCGAACGCAGGUACGCCACAGAGGGCGUCACCGCGGCCGACCAAUGGGUGUCCAUUCUACUCACCGGCAAACUGCAAGUGACCUGCGAAGACGUAUUACUCCACUACGUACAACCCAACGAAUUCAUCGACUCCCCAGAAUACGAGUCGUGUCCUAUAGGUAGUGAAAAGCUAUUUCAGGUAACCAUCACAGCGCUGGAGCCGUGCACCUACCUGACAUGGCAGCGGCGGCGGCUGCACCUGCUGCUGCGCGCCAACCCGGCGCUGUGGGCCGUGGUGAACAACCUGGUGGGCCGGGACAUCGCGCUCAAGCUCUACUCGCUCGCCGAGUUCCACCAGUUGGGCGCCGACGGAGUGCCGCUGCCCGCGCGAGACGCGAGCCCCGACUGGGGCAAGCAAGUGCCGCGCAGCCUGAGCUUGGACGCCGUGUACACGGGGCCCGAGGGACGGCUGCGGUCCUUCGCGUGGCACGCGGCCCGAGAGGCCUCCAAGCGGGCUGUGGACGCCUCCAUCGCAACCUCUUCACACGUCUCCUCCUACGCGCCCGGUAGGGUAUAUGGAGCACCUGCAUGA